UCCAAAGAGGAAAAUUUGAAUUCCUGGUUGAUGAGGGUUUAGGGUUCCAAAUUGGCUCCUAUUUGAGCAGCUCUGCAUUCUCAGUCACUCUCACAGACACACCCUCUUUAGGAGGGAAAAAAAAAGAAAGAAAGCACCUCCUAUUUCAAUCCCUAAUCGCUGCCACACUCCUCAUUGCCUCCAAUUCCCAGAGGAAUCAGUACUUAAAAAAAUUUCCAGGAUGAGCACCACAGCACAUAGAACUCCCAAAUCGGGUAGGCAGUCAUUGUUUUUCCAAGAUAUAACUUCGCCAGUCUCAGCCCGGAGAGGAAAAAUUUCGACUCCAGGCCAGGCAGCUGCAGUCUCUGCUCUAUGGCGUGAGAGUGGUGGGGGAUCAGAUCUUCCACCUCCUCCGCUUUACACAUUGGAAGACCGCUCAGACUUUUCCCCUGAAUCUGGAAUUCCAGAUUACCCUGUAUCCCCGGAAAUAAAAUCAGAUCCUAGAACUCCGGUCCACAGUUUCGGACGUGAUUCCUUGACUCCAGUAAAAAACAGAUCAGAAGCAAGCACUUCUUAUGCUCUAUCAAGUGGACAGCAUGGCCAACAGGGUUCAGCGAGUAUGAAUUGGUGGUCAUCCCCAAAGAGUGGUGGUGAGCAAGAUGAGAAGGGAAGGAAUUCACCAGUUGAGGGUGUUGUUCAGCCUGGUGCUCUGAUCACUCUUCCACCUCCAAGGGAAGUUGCAAGGCCAGAGAUGCAAAGGAAUACCUUGCCUGCAGGGAACCUCAACGAGGAAGAGUGGGUUACUGUUUAUGGAUUUUCUCCAGGUGAUACGAAUUUAGUUUUACGAGAGUUUGAAAAAUGUGGCAUGAUUUUGAAACAUGUUCCUGGUCCAAGAGAUGCCAACUGGAUGCACAUCUUAUAUCAGAAUUACUUUGAUGCUCAGAAGGCUCUCAGCAAGAACGGGAUGCAGAUUAAUGGGGCGCUAAUUAUAGGUGUGAAGCCACUGGAUCCAAUGCAACGCCAUGCAUUAAGUGAAAGGAUCAACAAUCAGGGUUUCAUGACAUUGCCCCCCCAACCAGCCAUGAAACAUGCAGAACUGAAUGCUUCAAGAGCCCCCCCUCGUUCUUACUAUCUUCAAAAUGGUAGUACCAGUGCGCGACAAUCCGGUGGUUCAAUUGCUUCCCCAACAAAGUCAAUGGUGUCCAAAGUCAUGGAUUUAAUGUUUGGAGUUUAGCUGCUCUGGUCAACAAACUGGUACUGCGGCAUUUGUGAUGAGAAAAUAUAAUUGUUGCGAAAAAUUUGAAGCUUAGACUUGAAAGAGGUGUCUGGUCAUUACGCCCGUAUUAGUUGGAAUUGUCUGGUCAUUACGUCCUUAUUAGUUGGAAUCUCCUUUACUUAUUUUUUACUCCAACAUUUUCGAGGCUAAUAAACUCAAGUCACUAGUGGUUGAUGUAUGAUAAUAAGUGGUUUUGCUUAUUACAUGCAAGUUGCAUCUUGAUGUGUGAGCACUGUUAAUUUGCGAUUUUUAGGUUACUACAGGAUGUAUCAGACUGAUAUCAAAUGGAAUGAAUUUUAUGUCAAAUU